AUGCUGCCGCAAGAUCUUCCCAUUGAACUGCAAUUUCAAUUAUUGUGGUAUUGUGAUGAGAAAUCUCUAUUAAAUGUAGCUCUCACGUGCCGACAUUUUUAUCAUUAUAUUUUGGGAGAAGAGGAUGAGAGUGAAGUGAGCGCCUAUAGGAAUACUAUAUGGAAGAAUCGGAUCUUGUUCUUAUUCAAUUCGUUCAUUGAUGAAGUCAACAAGAAAGCGCCUUCAUCUUCUGCAUCUUCCGAGGCUCCUCUUGUAAAAUUGAAUACAUUCAAAGAGUCUGAUCUCAACACGUACAUUGAUCAAUUUCUGUACAUCCGAUCCGAUGAUUACAACAACAAGAAGAUAAAAUACAAUUUACUAUUGAACCAAUUGAGUCAGAUACAAUUCAGACAAGAGCGUGAUCUUACUGGAGCUAAAAAGGUUGUCAUUUCGGGAAGAACGAUUGAAAAUACGUCUGUGCACACUUGGUGUGGCUUUAUUGCAACCAAUUAUCCCAUGGUUCGUAACCUGAGUGAGUUACCUUCAAACUUUUAUUGUGGUUUUAGAGGCUUUGAACUUGUCGUGGAGAAGUAUUAUAUUUGUGGAAAUGGGUGGAAUAUUGUUUAUGGAAUUGGAACCGACUAUGUUGAGUUUAAUAAUGAUAAAUCCAUUGCUCAAUUUGUGAAUGAUAAUCUUGGCAUUGGAUAUAUAUUAGAGUGUAGUGGUUUCAAAAUGUUUGGAAAUUACAAAGAUUUUACAUCGAGUGGAAAGGUACAAGUAGGAGACAGAUUUGCCAUAUUGAUGGAUCAUGACAAGUACAAGGUGCACUUUUUCAAGAAUGGUCUUCAUAUUGCAACGGUAGAGGCCAACUCAGACACGUAUGGAGUGAUUUCAGAUUCCGUUGUCUAUUAUCCAAUUGUAUCCAUGUGUACUCAAAAAUCUGUGACGCUCUAUCCAUUGCUUCAAUCCGAGUAUUUCAUAGAUCCAGAUACUAAAGUAUUACAGUAUUAUGAUAACCAACAUCCACUACUCAUCAAGAAGUAUACCUCGAAUUCAAAUUAA